AUGGCAGCUGAAGUCUCACAAGCGCCCUUGGAGGGCCAGCUCGAUACAGACCUCACAUUUGGUGGUGAUCUAGGUCGCGACACGGGACUCGAACUACCUGAAUCGAAUGAAAGCGCUGUAGGCAUCACGGAGGCCGAGCGGUUCUCUGCCGACCCUGCUUCUAAAGCGACCGAUAGUUUGAACGAGAUAGACUGGGAGGAACAUCCCCAGCCCAACAACAAUGACGAGUCUCCAGCAGAGCUCGAGUUGAACGAUACUACCAAUGGUAGUGCUCCUCACUCUUCGUUUGAUGUUCAUAUGGACGAGUCCGAAUUUAAACUCGAUGCAUCGGCGGAUGCUGUCGUCAACGCAGGUGGCGAGCAAGAGGAGGGUGAAGCCGAGAAUGGCGGUUUUGAUGAUGAUGGUGGUGGUGAUGCUUCCAAUCUGAACGAUAAUUCUGUGGGCGAGGAGGUCGUGGAGCAUGAAAUCAAUUACGACGAAGAAGAGGACGAUGAGAAAUUGGAUGCUGAUAUUGAAGUUGAAGACGUUUCACUUGAGUAUCCACCCACUCCUGACCAGGGAGCAGAGAGCCAUGUCCAUUCGGACGCGGAGGAUGUUUCCGAGGAAAUUAGCCAUGAUGUGGAAGAGGAGAAAGACGAGGAUGAGGACCAAUCUGAGCAAGUAGCAGCUCCUGACGAUCACUCUACAGACGAAUCCGAGGACGACCAGGGGGAGCUGCCUACAUCGUGUCCUGACAUUUCUGUUACCUAUCGGAGCCAGGAGUACCCUCUCAUCCACGGUCAGAAUAACGCCGACGUUCAAAUGGGUUUCUUUGAAGACGUUGCCGUGCUUGACUUGACCGUGGACAACCUCCUUUCUAGGUUUCGGCAGGAACUCGUCGACGAUCUUGGCGAGCAAGAUGAACUGGUUCUCCAAGUCGACGAGCUUGGUUUGGAAUAUGCCGAGUCCACCCAACGUGAUCACCUCUCGGGUGUUACGCUCAGGCAGCUCCACGAGAUAUUUGAUCAGCUGGUGAAGAAUCAGGAUCCCGAUGCAUCGCGCCCCCUGUACACCAACCUUAUUGUCCGCCCGCACCCUGCUAAGCGCUUGGAGCUGCUUAUCGAUGAGGCUUUCAAUGGCAAAGGCCUUGAUGAGAUUAUCUAUUGGUUCCAGCCUAACGUCCAUGGCCAAGCAGGUCACACUGAGAGUAAUGUGGAUAUGAACGCCGACGUUAGUAGUGAUGGCGACGGCGCAGAUGAAUAUAUUUCCGGUGACGCAGAGGAGGAGGAAGUGUCCGCUAACGACGACCUGGUUUCGGAGCAAGAUGAUGAGGAGAUUAGCGAGAAUGAGCCGGAGCCCUCGGGCGAUGACCGAGAUGACGAUAUUACAGAAGAUCAGUACUACGAUAACGGUAGUAGAGAUCUCGAUGAGGUUGAGGACACAGCCGAUCAUCAAUAUGCCGAUGAAGUCGGAAUGAAUGAGCUCACGGAGGAGCAAACCGAACUGCUGGAAUCUGCACAAGAUAACGAAGCUCUCAUCAACGAUCUGGUCGCAGCAGAUGUGACUGAAGUGGAGGAAGUGGCAACAUCAAAUGACAAAGUACACGACGACCUUACGACAGAACAACCCGCCGACGAAGUGUUAGAUGAAGGCUUCGACCUCAUUGAGAUGAUUGACGACGACGACAACGACGGUGCCCUUGAACUUGGCCAAGCCGAUGCUGCAGAUAGUAGCGCCACAGCGACGCUCGACGGCCACGCCGAUAAUGAAAUCGACUACGACGACCAUAAUGUAAACGGUGAUGCGAUCCCGGAUAUUGGCGAGUCCGCGAUUGCUGGUGAACCUCUGGAAGAGAUAGACUGGCGCGAUUUCCCUGAUGAAAACGAUGCUAGUAACGAGAAGGAGACAUUGAGUGUUUCGGGAAAACGCCCUCACUCCGAGAUAAAUGACGGAGAAGAGUUUGACUUGGACAAUGAGAAUGACGUCAAGCGUCGUCGUUCUUAG